AUGGAUCAGCUCAAUGUGACGUCGUGUAAAGGACCUCUUGUCCAGAAUUGGUCUCAGAGGCCUGGCAUCCAGACACUUGACGCUCCGGCGCAACCAAGUGCUCGGACGCCAGACUGGACUAGAAGACAUUACAUUGUCCACCACAACCCUCUGGAGGACCGCUUCCUUUCAAACCGAUUGGUGGAGAAUCCUCCAGAGUGGAGGAGGUUUGGCAACCCUACUACCGAUGGUUAUAGAGUGAAUUCAUAG